CACAAUCCAGUCCCUAGCCUCGUAGCCACCAAGCCCACUCCGACACUCGUCUUUGCCUACCCCGUUCUACAGCUGGCCAUCCAUGCCUUCUGCAUAUACUCUCGCCCUCGCCCUCACCCUCACCCUCACACACACAGAUGCCCACGUACCAACAGAGUCUGGGCUUUUUGCUGCCAGUUGUGCACGGAUCUUUUAUUCCCUCUCAUCUCUUGUCUAAGCCAUUGUGAAACAUCUCUGGCGAACUCUCAAUUCCACAUCUCUUGCCGAUCAUCCAUUCAUCCAUUCAUCCAUUCUCCUCACACUCUCGCUCUUAUUCCAUCCGUUCGGCACAUCUUGUCCACGCUCCUUGUGCGACUCGACCCUCUAACUCUUCCAGCUUAGUUCUUUAUUUUCAUGGUCGCUGCUCUAUUCCGCCUGGUCUUCCUCAUUGCAACCGCUUGUCCACGACCGCAAAGCCAGCUUGCAGCCCACCACCAUCUGCGAGUAGGUGCACAACAGACUCAAAGUCGGCUCGUGCUCUCGACCCCGCGACAUUUGGCCUACUCCCAAUCCUUCACCCAUGACCUCUUCAACUGAACCUUAACCCACCCACCCCGAAAAAAGGCAUUUAACUACAGCCAAAGACUUGUCCAGCGGGACGACUCCAAUGAGCUCUCAGGCUUUCUCAUUGGAAAUCGAGUCCUUCGUACCAAAACAGCAGCCCGUUGUGGUCCAAGUCCAGGAAGUACCCAUCUCAUCGCCAGUGGACGAGUUACCCUCUAAAUCAGUGAGCGCAGAACCCGUUCUGCUCGAGGAUCAGUUUGGGGAUGGCGUUUUUGAAGGUCCAAGAGGUUGGAAUCAGGCUACAAUCAUGAAAGGUUCCGAUCCAUGGUGUGAGGCCGUUCCCACCCACGAAACCGCCACUUGCCACGAGAACAUAGACGAGAAAGAGAUGGCCGAGUAUCAGGAGAUGAUUAAGAGGCGGCCAACUAUGAGGCUACCUGCCUUUCGCCCUGUUGAGUGGGCAUCCCCGCCUCGAAGGUAUUUGGAUGGCCGCCUCACUGGACAUGCAGAAUUGGCGCGGGCGGGGACUUUUGACAGUCUUGCAUCCCCCUCUACGUCUCAUCAGAGAUAUCCAGACAUGUCUCGAUGCUCUCAAACCCUGUCUUGGCCGCUUGCCUCUCGCGAGAGCUCUUCCCUCGCCCCAUACUAUGGCUGUCGACCACCUCUACUCACUCCGCCCGAAGACGUAGACUCCUUCGAUUGGGGUACAGUCCCAAAGACAGAGUCGAGGUUCAGAACGGCGGCCGAUAGUCACACUCAUGACAGUCAAACCCAGAGCCAAUUCCGACCGUCUCCAAGUUCACGACCGUCAGAAAUCCAAAUGCCGCUCCCCGCAUCACUCCCAACGGAUGACAAUGGUCUUGGGAACUGGCUUGGCCGGGCUUCUAACCAUCUAGUUUCUCACAUCAACGACUCCUUCGCCCAAGGACAAAUUCAAAUGGUCGUUCAGGCACUUCCGUCCCAAGCCAAACACACAGCAAGUAAGCCAACCUUUGAGAAGGUUGUAGAGCUUGUUCAAGCCCAGUUUGCACUCUCGCCUUACAUCACCAUCACCCACGCCGUGUCGCAAGUCAUCAGUAUGGAUGAGGUACCUGCCUCACCCCCAGCCACCCCCAGCACCACCUAUACCAGUGACGACUAUUUCCAGAAUCAAACCAUUUUCACCCAUGCAGCCGUUGUUCCUGCAUACCACAGCUUGACACAGUCGAGCGGGGUCCUAUCUCAGCGUCCAACGAGCAUCAUUGCCGCACCCAGUUCCAUUCAUAUCACCACUCUCGAACGCUACAUCCCUCCGACCACGCCCCAAGAGGUGGAUGACUUCUUCAGCCUUAGUAGGAAAUCAUACCUUUCCGACCGACUGCUGGAGCUCUCAGCGAACAAUGGGAGUCUACUGUUGGUUUACCCCACCAAAGCUGGGGCCAUGACUUUUGCCAACAAAUACGUAGGUCCAGUCAUCGAACCAUUCCUCCGCCAAUUCAUUAUUCUCAACGAUUUAUUUUCCCACGUUGCUUCAAGCCUUGGUCGCCUGGCUUCUUUGGACAACAUGAAAUCCUUUGACGAACUCGAAACAGCGGUCCAAGCAAUGUGCCGGACACUUGGGCAGCGUGCGCCUGCGCGAGGUCUACACACACGAUAUGACCUAGUGCAUGCCGAAACGGCAGGUGUUGUACUCGAACGCGCCGUGUGGAAGGAAUGGUUUUUGGAACAAGAACAACCCCGGCUGCGUCAGAAUCUAGUGGAUUAUCACAAGGCUGGUGGUCGAAUGCCUACACGGGCGGCCAGAGUCGAGGUAACUCCGACCAUGCUAGCGAGAGAGGUGGUGGAAGGAAUCAGGUCCAGCCGAGAGCCAGCAGGCGAUGUGGAGAUCGAGGUGGGAGUGUUUGUCAUCAGAAGAUCUAUUGUUUAAUUUUGACAUUACAUGUCACCAGAGAUGGGAGCUGGGAUCUUGGUCAAAAAAUGCAAUCAUCAGCAAGGCGUUGGAGGAUGAAAUUCAAAGCGGAAUUGGAAUCAGUACAUGACGAGAGAUGAUAUACCCCGGAUACUAUAAUGCUACCAGUAUUGACACUGCUCUUUGAAGCGUGUGCCAGAUAACUCCCGCAUAGGUAGAGCGGGCGACCUUGCAUUGCCCUAGAUAGGUGAAUUCUGAAACUUGCUGCAAUUCGAAACAUAA